CAACUUUCUGUUUGCAAGCGCGUCGAUCCGCAUCUGUCAAAAAUUUUCACCGUCACCGGGACUUGCAGGUGUAACUUUCAGUGCUCCAAUUUAAUUCGAAUUAAUCGCCGAAAAAAGUGCCGAUUUGAGAUCAUCCAAAACCAAAAAUACAUUGAAAAGUUGAUUCGCGAUUAAUCAAGUUAAAACAAAAAAAAAACAAUUCUUUGAAAACGGUGAAACGACUCCGUUUCGGGUUUUCUCUGCGUAUUAAAAAGGUUGCUGGGUGUAAAAGGUAACCAACGGUUCAGAGCCCGACUGCUAUCCGGUUCUGAUCCGCGCGCGCGCCCUUCCCAGUUUGCAACCCCAAACCCAAACUCGCGCCUAGUGAAUCGUGAUUCGUGAGUGAAUUGCCAAGUGCGUGUGCGUGUUAUCCAUCGGUACGCGUGAGGAGGACGACCACAGCUUGGAAGACCGCUGCGCUGCGCGAUGGGAGACAACGGCGAUCUGAAGGAAGCGGGCAACGGAUCGCUGGACGCGGCCCAAACGCAGCCGGAGAUCGACUUUGAGAACCACCAGCUCGGGACGACGGUGAAGCUCUCCGAUGGCACCGAGGGACGCAUCUUUAGCCGCGGAGCGCGCAACAAGGAUGGCCACCUCACGUACACGUGCCACCUGUGUAUGGUGGUCAACCUGCCAGGGGAGCGCGUCAUGCUUACGCACAUCGCCGGCCGGAAGCACCAGAACCGGCUGAGCCACCCGGUCAUCGAUGCGGACACGUUCCGGAAGAUUUCCGCGCCCAAGACGAACAAGAUCCAAAUGCACAUCGCACCGGGCGAGCCCGUUCCGCCCGGCAUGGAGAACGAGGUGAAGCCGGUGGCCGAGCUGCAGGCCACGAUCGACCGCUUCAGGGAGGGCCCCAUGGUGGGGCUGGAGUACGUGAUGGAGCUGACGUCGCCGAGUCUGCGCGAGCCGAGCUACCACUGCGUGCUGUGCGACAAGAAGGGCGACCCGCGCACGAUCAUCGUGCACAUCACGAGCUACAUCCACCGGAGCAAGUUCCUGGAAAAGCACUACCCGACCGCGAUCAACGAGUUGGCGCAGUGGCGCGGCCAGAAGGGCUGCAAGGACGUGAUCGCUCGCGUCAUCCAGACGGUGUGCGAAGCGAUCGAGGACCACCACGGCCGGAUGACGCCGAACGUGCACGAGGUGAGCGACUACAACCGCAACAAGACCAAGUACCUGCAGGAGGUGCUGUUCGAGAAGCACUUUGACGAGCGAACUGGGCCCAAGUUUGUGGAGGUGAUCGACAAGAAGGCACUGCAGGAGCAGUUGCUCGGGCCGGGAGAGGCACCUAUCGUGGGUGAACGGGUCGUCCGUGAUCCAUCGCCGCCGGUGGUUCCGGCGCCGAUCGGUCAGCGAAAGCCCAAGCCGGCUCGUGCAGACCGCAAGAGUUUGGACUCGAUCUCCAGCAUGGACUCGGUGCAGAGCAUCUCCUCCAGUGAGUCCAAGGGAAACCGCCCGCCCGGCGAUAACCGCAUUCGUCCGUUGGCAAAAACCUUCGACGAUCGUAACCCGAUUCGUGUCGAGCAGGCUCGUCUGACCAACCGUCGGCGUAGUCCGCUGCCGUUCCGCCGACAAUCCCCGCCCUUCCGUCGAGUCGGCGCCAGUCCCGUUCGCAACACACGAUUCAAUCGCCGCUCGCGCAGUCCUCCGCCGAGACGUCGCUCGAGGAGCCCACUGCGAAGACGCAGUCCCGCAGGCCGGCACGAUCGUUCCCCCUUGCGCUUCAACGACCGCAGGUCGCAAUCUCCCAGCAAGGACAAGCAGCGCAGCACGCUACCAACGCCCAAGCAGUUGGCCCUGCAAGCGUCCGAAAUCGCCCACGAACGGUACAAGUGGGAAAAGUACCGCUGCUCGCUGGAGAUCGCCACGGCCCAAAUCGACAAAAUCUUCAAGGAGCACGAAAAGAACCCGGAGAAGCAUCCGCUCUACCCGGAGGAGUGGAAAAUGUUCUGGAACCGGCGCUACAAGGAGCUGCAGAACGAGAAGAAGGACCCGUCCAAGCACGACUUCAAGCCCGAGUGGAUCCAGUUCUGGACGAAGCGCAUGAAGGAACUCCGCGACGAGGAGGUCGAGAAGAAAAAGAUCGAAAUUCGCACCAAGUUGAACCUUCCCAGCGAGGACUCGGAGAAGACCGACGCACUCAAGGAGCAGUACACGGUCAAGGUGACGAAGAAGAAGAAGGAACGCUCGGUCGAACCCAUCGAAUCGGACGAGGACGAGGAGGUGCGACAGAAACCGGCCCGAGCCGUUCGCCGCUCGCGAAGCCCAAUCAGCGAUGAAGAACGAUCGCGGCACAGCCGCCGCGAGCAUCGCUCACCAAAACCUGCGUCCCGUCCGCGCAGAUCGCGCAGUCCCAUCAGCGAUGAAGAUCGUGGGUCGCGCCGGCGUGACUUCAGCAGCCGCGAUCGCGAACGCGAUCGUCCUGGAUCGUUCCACCGGGGACCGGGCUUUGGCGAUCAGCACGACUACGACGAGUGGGCCAAGACGUACUACGGGAACAACAAGAAGGUGUUUGUGCGCGAGGAGUUUGACAACUACAACUCCGGGACGCUUUCGUUCGUGGCGGUUUGCCGGCUGCUGACCGCCCUCGAGGAAUAUCUGGGAAGUUUGGGCCCUCGCGUGAUCGACCUGCUUGCGAAGGCACUCGCGCUGGAAAAGGUGAAGGCCAACUCGGCCGAUGAACUGCUGCUCAACGAGGACAACUCGAUGUUCCUGGAAACGGUCAAGGAAAAGCUCAAGGGAUGUCUGAUGGCGGAACUGCUCGAGCCUCAGAUGAUUGCGCCGGUCAAGAAGGCGAUCCGCAACAUUGCCAGUUUGCUGCACGAAGCUUCCAAGAAGGAGAAACCCGCUGAACCGGUUGUUGAUGAUCCGCUGCCAAUUUCCGGACCGCCACACACGCCAGGUGGUGUUGACAAGGCUGCAAUUGCUCAAAAGCUGGCCGCCGCGCUCGUUGCCCAGGGUAAAACCGACUUUACCAGCGCGGAACUCGAAGAACUGAUCAACGUGUACGUCGCCAUGGCGGAAGCCUCAAAGGACAAGGAAAAACCCGUCACCACCAGCACCUUCUUGAACGACGUGGCCGGACCUUCCAAACAAGCCCCACCCCCGUCAGCCGGUCCAAGUCGUCGCCGCGUCGAGGAACCGGCCGACAACACCGAGGCAAACGCCCUCGAGGGACUCACCGACUCGGACCUGCAAACGUUGCUGCAAAACUUCAAGGACCUCUCCAACGAGGAGCAGCUGCACCUGAUUUCGCACCUCAAAAAGCUCGAAAAGACGGACCCGGUCCGCGUGGAAAAGCUCCGCCGGUACGUCAACCUGGACGACAAGCCCCAGUCCCGCCGCAACGACGAUUACUACCCGGAGGAUGACGACCAGUACAACGACAACGACAUUCCGGACUUUGACAACGACGACGACGUCGGCCGGUUCGAGGACAACGCCAACAACUUCAACCCCCGACGAAACCUCAACCAACCCACCCAGAUCAAGUCGCUCGUCUCCGGAAGCUACGAAGACGACGAGCACGAUCCGUCCGCGUACGCCAAACCCGCGUUCGUCGACUCCGAGGAGGAAGACUACUCGUACGACGACGUCGUCCGCGCCGCCUCCAAAAACGUCGUUCCCCCUCCCCAGCACAGCAACAGCAACAGCCUGCAAGGUCCCCCGCCCCAAGCCGGUCGCAUCCGCGUCGCCGACUUUGGCAUCGACCAGCACGACAGCAACUCCAACUUUUCCCAGCGCAACCAACCGUCCGAUCCCACCCUGGACGCGGCCAACAUCGUCGCCAACCUGAUGGGCACGCUCGCAGCCAAAAACUCCUCCGACGCCGCCCGCCAAUCCUACUCCGCACCCAACCCCACCUCCAACCCCGCCAGCACCUACCAGAGCAUUUACGCGGGGCUGGGGCCGAACGGGAAGCCGCUGAGUGCGACCAACAACUUUAUGACCCAGCAGCGGCCCCAGUUUGCGCCCAUUCAGACGGCGAACACCAGCUUGAACAGCAUGCCUUUUUACUACCAGCAGCAGAUGAGGGCGCAACAGCAGAUGCAGCAGCAGACUCAGCAGCAGCAACAGCCGGGUUCGUACGGAGGGUACGGAGCAGGGCAGCCGCAACAACAGCCGCAGCAGCAGAAUCCUGCCGGUGGUGGACAGUUUCAGGGUUAUGGUGGAAACAAUUAUUACUAGAAGGGAAGUGCUUGUUUUCUUCAGGAUUGAGAUUAAGAAGACGCGCUUGUUCCGCUCCGCUACAGUUUUUAAGUGAAAUCAGAUUUAGAAUAUUCCACAAUAUCGCAAAGCAAUUGCAUACACAAAUUUAUCUCAAUGAAUGAAUAAAAUGAUUAUGAAUGUAUGUAAAACAACUCUAGAGUUUU